AUGGUAAAACCAACAUCUGCCAAAUUUAUAUUUGUCGAAGCCGUGAUCGAACAUUGUGCUAGAGAACCAUUGCCAUCAUUGUCGGAAAUCGUUCGUAUCGUUCGACGUAUUCUAGAUUGUGAAAUGAUUUUUAAUCAAUGGUAUCUUAGUUCGAUCGAAGCAUUUCAUUUGAAAUUUAAACUCUGUCAACUUUUAACAUCAACUCUAUCGUACGAUCUAAUCGAAUCUUUCUUACAAAGUUUAAAAAAACAUACAUUUUUAAAUGAUCAAUCCGAUAAAAUAACAGAAGAAAAUUGGCAACAUUAUUUUUCACGGCGAAUAUUUUCUCCUUUGUCAUGUGAUUCGAACAAAUUAAAUGAUGAAAAAACAAUGCUCGCAAUACGACCAAUAUUUCAGCAAAUUUUUCGACAUGCAGUUCGUUUAUCUCAUCAAUCACGUGUUUGGGCAUCAAUACUAGAUGUUUUUACACGAACAUUACCAACUUUAUUCGAUAGUUAUGUUAAUGUAGAAGAUGCUCAAAUCGAUUUUUUGCAAUGUAUCGAAGAACCAAUAUCGAAUGAUUAUAUUCUAUUCAUUUCAAAAUCGUAUAAUCGAAAUCCGCAUUUAAUUAAAAACAAUUUGUCUCAGGCAUUAUUGGUCAUCGAACGUCUUCUCUUAGGAUAUCAUAUUCGAGCAGUACGCUACUAUAUUGAUCAAGCAAUAUUGGCUCAUAUUGAAACAGUUAUCGAUAUAGAAGCAUUAGUUCAAACGUUUAUUCGUGUGUGUCCAUUGAUUCCGAUCGAUCAUCGACAAGAAUCAUGUAAGGAAGUUAUAUCGAAUGUCGCCUACAAGUUAGGUCGAAUGAAAUGUUCGAAAAAAUUAGCUCCGAUUUUCUUUGAUUUUGCUAUUACUCUUCUUGAUUUAUGUGUUCUUGAAGCACCAUCAUGUGCCUUGUAUUUACUUGAAAAGAAUGAUUUCUAUCAAUGGAAAGAUUUGGCACCACGUUUUACUGAUUUACUCCGUUUGUGUUCAGCCUAUGAGAGGGUCGAAGUGAAAAAAUCUUCGAGUGAACUUGACUCACUCGUUACUAUCCUUCGAUUAGUAGUAGACCGAGCUAAAGCAUAUGCAAUUAUCUAUCGAUCAACACAUAAAGAAGCUUUACAAGCCAUUUCUCGAUGGACUUACACGAAUGAUAAUAAUAAUAAUAAUGAUAAUCGUAAAAUAUGGCCUAAUCAUGUUUAUGAUAUGGGAAGACCAAUGCUUGAUUUGAUUGAUCAACGACACAUAACAAUUGAUAUUUGUACGCAGUUUAUUGAAGCACUUCGAUUGAGAAUUAUCGACAAUGAAUUAGCAGAAGAUGACAUACCCAUUAACUAUAUAAUGAUUUCAUUUUUUGUCAAUAUUGCUGCUCAAUUAACUAAUUACAUAGAUCUACUUAAAGUUUUGUCAAAUGAUGUUCACAGCCGAUUGGCAACACUUCUUCUCAAAGCACUAUCUCGUCCACUUCGAUAUGAAAAUGGUGAUAUGUCUAUGGAAUAUGCCAUUGCAGAGAGACUCUGGCAUUGUCUUUGUCCCUAUCUAAUCAAUGAAGCUGAUGUUCGUCUCUAUGAACCGUGCAUUCAACGAAUACAUUCACUUGCUUGUGAUGAAGAUGAAACAAAAUUUUUUGAAUGGUGGUCUACAUUCUGGUGUUGUAUUACAAUGAAAGUACCAGAUUUUGCUGCCAAUUAUGUAGAAGAUUUCUUUCAAGAUGUAUUUGAACACAAGCAAACUGUCAUAACAUCAGUGUUGCCUAUGCUCUAUUUCAAACGACCUGAAGCGUAUCAUGCACGAUUGGGUAAUAUCAUUGAUGCACUUCAUAGUAGUGAUGCCAGCUCUAGCUGUUGGCUAGCUCAAGUAUUUGCUACUAUUGCUCAAGAACGUCCACAAUUGAUUACAUCAGCACAAGUCGAUCGUAUAUUUGCCAUUAUUCAAAGUCGAUCAAACUCUUCACACGAUCUUCAUUUUCUCUUUCAAGGACUAGGCUCUGUAGCCAAUAUUGAACCACUUUUAUUUGAUUCUUAUCGUCCUAUAAUCUUACAAUUUGUUGUAGAAUCUCAGAGCGUACCAGCUAUGAAGUGUCUUCAACAAUAUUUUGUUGCUGCAACUCUUGUGCAUGGUCAACAAUCGGCUUCUGAAUAUCUUUCAGUUCUCAUCGAUCUACUUAAAAAAGACACAAACAUCACAAAUGACAUUCGUUCGCAAAUUUUCCAUACCUGUCAACUGAUCGGAGUCAUUAACAAGCAAGCAUUGGAAACAAAGCGAAAUGAUCUAUUGACUUUUGAUACUUAUUCAGAUUGUCGAAUACUGAUCGAUUUUAUUGAUGGCAAAAGAUUGACCGAGGAAGUUCAAGCAUCGAUCAAUAAAACGCAAGAUGAAGUCGCACAGAUGGAAAAACGAGUGGUGAAGACUGAACGCGACGUCGAGAAUGUUACGAAUGUUGUCAAAGGACAAGAACUUAAAGUGACGAAUCUUGCUGUACAAGUGGAUGCUGUUGACAAUCGCUUAAGUGAUAUCAGCGGACAAGUAACUGCACAAUCACGUGAAAUCGAACGUAUUGAUGCAAAAACUCUAAGUCAUAUUCCCGUUGCAUGGGGUCGUGAAGUGAGCAAGCUUUUGAAUCGACGCGCCAACAAUGAUUGGCGUUUGCUCGGCAAACGUUUCGGCUAUUCGAACAGUGAACUGCGUCAUUGGGCGUUACAAGUUGAUCCGACCAUGGCUCUACUCAACGAGUGGUUUAUGACACAUAAAGCCGAUGAAGCGACCUACGGUCUAGCUCGUGAUCUAAGUCCACGUCUUUUUGGAGCAUUUGUCUAUGGUUGGAAUGAUGUAUUUCAUGUACAUAACUACUUCUUUUGGAUACCAAUAAUAGGUCUAAUUAUGGGUGCCAUUCUCGACGUGUGGAUACAUACAGGUUAUACUUGGCUUAUUAAACACUAUGGUCAUUUUCCUAACAAUGAACGUACUGAUGCUGAUAAAAAAAUAUCCAUCCCGAAGAUGUACAAACAAAAUAUAUUGAUGAUUCACAUGAGCUUAAACAAAAAUUUACAAAAAUGCACCGUUAAAUCAAAAUUAUGUAAUUAUGAAUUGAUAGUACUAUUAUAUUUAGGCUAG